AGACAUUUCCCUUUUGUCAGAGUCAGCGUGUUUUCCCCCCGAACACACUGCUACUGCCGUUGCCGUUGCUGUUGCCAUUGCUGUUGCUGUUGUUGUUGUUGUUAUGUUUAACUUGACUUAAUCAUAGGAUCACAAUACCUCCCAUCCGCAAUCAGCGGAUCACCCGCAAUUAUGCUCACCUGUUUUCUUUGGUCCUUGGCUUUUUAUUUUGUGUGCCAAGGACUCAGGACUUACAGAAAAAGACCGGCAGAUAGCCGAGAAAACCCACCCAGCGGGAUUAUCGCGCGGAGCACGGAAUAUGGAGUAUCUCCUCAGGGGGGGGGUUCUAGCUUUUAAGAGCUCCACUGGGUGAGGGAGUGCUGACCAAAAUGCACCUACCUGUGCACAGGAGAAGGCUUUAAAAAAUACCUAAAAUUCUAUUAGCGUAAGCUUGAGAGAGAGGGGGUGGGGGGCAAAUGGAGC